AUGUCGUACGAAGACCAGUCGGAGGGCGUUGCCUCGGACUUCCGGGAUGCUCUCAGUGAACUGACGAUGAACUCGCGGGUCGAGAUCACCACGCUGACUGUCAUCGCCCGGGAGAACACCGAGUACGCACAUGGCAUUUCGGAAGUGCUUCAGGAACACAUUAAGAAGGUUGCUCCUCAACGAAAGUUGCCAGCCCUCUACCUCCUCGACUCCAUCGUCAAGAACGUUGGCACCCCCUACACAAUCUACUUUGGCCGCGGUCUUUAUUCGACUUUCAUGGACGCCUACGCCUCUGUCGAUAAUGGUACGCGACGCAAGAUGGACGAGAUGCUCAAGACGUGGAAGGAACCAGUGCCCGGGUCCGUCGACCCCCGGCCUGUGUUCAGCCCAGAAACCACCCGCCCGAUCGAGAAUGCUCUUAUUAAGGCGAGAACAUCGGCGCUGCAAGCCCAGCACGAACACAUACGUAGCGAGCAGCAGUUGCUCGGCCGUGGACGCCCAAACAGUGCCACUCCUUAUCGCGAGACACCAACACCACCGGGACCCAGUGGCCGUCCAGGCUACCCUCCACAAGGCCCGUACGGCCAGCAGCAGCCCCUCCUGCAAGAACAGCAACCGCCGCAACAGUCGUACCCCUUCCACCCACCACCGAAUCAAACAACACAAACAACACCACAGCCGCCUGCAUAUACAACAGCGGGCGGUCCGUUCCAACCACCACCACAGCAGCCACAGCAACAGCAACCGCCGUUUCAGAAUCCUUAUGCCCCUCCUGCCACUCCUUCAAGGAUAAGCUUAGAGUCGCUGAAUGAAGAUGUCGAACGGUUGAUCCAGGCAACCAAGACAGAGUUUACAGAGAAGUCGUAUGAUGUCGGUGUGGCAGGGAGGUUGAAGGCGCUGCUGGAUCUACAGACCAUCCUAAAGAGCCAAGGCCUCGAGCACGACAAGCUCGUCCUAGUAAGAAAUCAAAUUGAUGCCCUCGCCGUAAAUUUACCUGCCCAUCUAAAGGUCGGCAUCAGCUCAGCGCCGACGCCGCCGGCAGCCAACUAUCCUCUUUUCCAGGCCCCGCCGGUGGCAUCAGCAGCAGGAGCACCCGCAUCUGCGCCGGGUGGCAACCCGCCCUUGUCAGCCGCCGUAUUGGCUGCUUUAGCCGCUGCUCGGUCUAUGGCAGCUGCGGGCUCUACACCUCCUGCACAAACCCCGGCGCCGCCUCCGCCACAACCGGCACCUGCCGGUGGUAUGUCAAUCGACGGCCUUCUUGGGAAGGGUGCGCUUGCUGCGAUCCUUGCCGCGCGGCAACAACCGCCGUCUCAACCACAGCAGCAGCACCACCACCAACAGCCGCCGCCACCGCCGCCACAGGCACAGGCACCAUACGUAUUUCCAAGUACACCGCAGCUAGCACAGCUGCUUCAGGGUGUGCUAUCCCAGCAGCAAAUGGCGCCUGCCCCUGCCCCAUCUGCCCCAACCAACACGGCCAACCCGUUGGCUUUGGUGGACAUGCUUAGAAAAGCUGGAAUCCUCCAACAGCAGACACCUGCUCAGAAUGCCCCUUUCCAGCCCCCGACGCAGCCACCUCUACCCCCAGCUGGCCUGAAUGUUCCGGGUUUGGCCAAUAUCAUUGCGUCCAUCCGGAACAACGCCGUCGCUGCUCCCCGUGACCCGUUACGCGAGAUUCAGAACGAAAUUUCGUUCCAGUCCUCGUCUCUUAAACAAUUCCGUCCUCACCUUCUGCCUUUGAUGUAUGAAAACCUUGGCCCUCCUUGCACUCAGUGCGGACGUAGAUUCCGUACCGACGAGGCUGGCCGUGCAGCCAAGACAGCUCACAUGGACUGGCACUUCCGUGUCCACCAGCGCAUUGCCGAAGCCGAGAAACGUGGGCAGCACCGCAGUUGGUACGUCGACCAGGCGGACUGGAUCCACUCUCGUGAGACGAUCGACUCGGACGGCGUCGACCAUCAUGGGGCCAACGGCAGCAGUGCAGCCGGCGGCAGUGGUGGCCGGUUAGCAGGCUCUAAUGCUGCUGGUGGCGAUGCCGGUGCUGCAGGGGCCAAGCUGCAAUGGAUCCCUGUCCCUACGGGCAGCGCCAACACCAACCAGACCUGCCCCAUCUGCCAGGAGAAGUUCGAGAUGAAGUGGCUCGACGAGGCGCAGGAGUGGGUCUGGAUCGAUGCCGUCCGGAUCGGUUCGCGGGUCUACCAUGCCAGCUGCCACGCCGAGGCGACGCGGAGCGACAACAACCGUGACCAUCCAGCGGCUGCUGCCCAUUCAGCCCUGAUGGCCGGCGGUAACGGGCCGGUCAUUACGAAACCCAUCCCGACAGGACCUGCAGCCGACCGAAACCGCCACCAGCACGGACAUAAUGGUCCUAACGCAGUUCUCGGAAAGCGCAAGGCCGAUGACGGCGCCAACUUCCACGGUAACGGCAAUGGCAACCACCGUGGAGGCAAAAAUGGAGCCCGUGGUGGUAGUGCUGCAAGCGGUGGUGGCCGCAAGAAGAAGCGCGGCGGUAUGGGUGGUGCGGGUGGAGGUAGCAACCCCCGUCGGCCACCGGAUCUGGACCGUGUCGACCCCGAUAUUGGCGGCGGUGGCAUUGGCGGUUCCGCAUCGGGCGAGGGCGGCGGCGGCGGCGGGCGGUUCGGCCGCAAUAGUGGGAAGCACCGUGGCGGUGCCCACAAGGACAACAACAGCGAUGAGCCCGAGGUGGACCUUAACGCUUUGCCGUACUAA